UCGGCCUACCAGCAAGUGUUUUAAGCAGUAAAACGGUUAUGGCAUUUAUUCGCAAAUAGUAGCACAGUGAGACUGUUUUUUUUUUGUACACCUGUCGAUACUGGAGGCACAUAUAUUAAUAUGAUGUGCAUUCAGUGUAUUGCAGUUCCAAGUUCAAGGCCAACGUCUGAUAUGUCGAAUAUUCCCUUCUAGUUCAGUUCCAGGAAUUCCGGUGAAUACUGCUACUGAGUGAUUUAAUUUUUUAAUUUUGAGCCUCUAAACUGUUUUUUUAAAUUUAGUUUCGGGCUUUCUGGAGUGUAUGGUUCCCUGUAUUUUUGGGGUAUUUUUGAGUAUCGUCCGUCGUUUGAGGUGUCACCGUGGUUGACUGUGGGCAGUGGGGGGGCCUAACCUCACUUGCAUUGUUUAUUGUUUUCUCAAAUCAAUUAGCAAUUGAUUAUGUUAAUUAAUUCUACUGUCGCCUAAUUGUUCAAUUGUUAUGACUAUUAUGAAUGACCCAGCGGUUAAGAAGGCGAAACUGAAGAAUGCAAGGAUUAAAGCUGUCAAGGCUGUUAAGAAACUUCCGACGGCUAUUCUGCUUCAGAGAAAGGUGGAAUGUGAUGCUAAAGCUUUGAAAAUCGUAGAACAUUUGAUAGAAACAAAGGUUGAAGAGGGAUGGAUGCUCAAAAAUCUGGGACAAAUAAAUCGAUCUCAUGUAGAAGACGUGAUCGAGGAGAGAGCGAUUAUGAAGCUCUGCGGCUAUGCCCUGUGUGACAAUCCUCUGACCAAAGUUGUCAACAAACAGUAUAAAAUAUCAACUCUGAGGAAUAAAGUCUACGAUGUCCAAAAAACCAAGAACUUCUGCAGCUUUUGGUGUUACUCAGCAAGUGAAUAUCUUUUGGAACAAAUGUUAACAAGUCCUCUUUGGCUUAGAGCUGAAGAAGAAAUUCCAGAUUUUAUACUUUUCGAUAAACCAAAAGAAGCAGUGAGAAACCCACCUGGGGUUGAAGUCAACAUUAUUGGACUUGAUCUUCCAUCGGAUAAAGAUCGCCCAUCAGAAACAGAAGAUAGAAUCAUUAGGAAAGAAGAUGACAGAGAUUUAAAAGAAUCUAAAGAAACAAGCGCGACGAGUGCACGGAAAGUGGAUCAUGAAGAAAACAAGAAUGUCAGCAAUGAGACGAGUGAAACUUCGUCAAGAGAUUGUGGCAAAUCAUUGAACGAAGCUCGAUCUUCUCCCGACUCCAAAAAAUUGGAGGAAGCUACUCGGAAUGAAUCGGAAAUCUUAGAAGAGAAAAAAACAGACCCAAGCACUGAACCGCAAUCAAACAAUUCACUCAUCAAAUCGGAGACAAUAGAGCCUUCAACUAUAAGCUCAGUAGAAGUACUUGAAAAACCUCUGGAACGCAAAAAAACUCAAAAAUCUGAAUUCACGAAGAAUACCAACAGAAUGAAGAAACUCAAGCAGAGACCAUCUGUAUCGUUUGCAUCACUAACAUCUCGAGUGGAACAGAGCAUCACAGAAUGGAUAACUAAACAUACAAUUCACCUUUUACAUGGUGACGAAUCAACCAAGCAGAAGCUUCUGGAGACCCUAACAAUGCAAGAGAGAUAUGGAGAACUCUGCAAAAAGUUGAAUGCUAUUCAACUCGAGGAAUCAAAAGAGGAUCGAGUCUCAGCAAUUCAAUCGACUGUUCUCCAACCAAUGCCUCACUUCUCAGUCCUCAAAGAGGAAGCUGAGGCGUUGGAAGUCAAAGUACGAGCGUUUUACCAGGGAAGUACGAUACUUGAACCUCCAGUUUCCAGAGAAAAAAAUAAUGAAGAAGAAGAAGAACCAAAUACGGUGGUUCCAUUGACGCCAGCUCAUGCCCCCGUGGCCUUACGACGCAGGAUUUUCCUUGAGAAAUUGAACAAAGUCCUUCCAGAUCUGUUACGAACUUUAUCAUGUACAGGGCAGUAUCAAUACUCCUAUACUCCAGACAAAUCAGCGAAAGUGAAGGCGUUAGUCAGUACCUUCAAGCUUUCGGCAACAAACAUCGUUUUUAAAACUGCAGAGUGGACACUGGUGGCCUUGUUAAUAAUUAAAAUACUCAGUAUCAUUGAUGUAAAUAUCAAAAAUCUGCUAUCUACGAAGCAAGCCACGAUGUAUACAUCAAUGAUUCUGAUGUCUUAUCAAUUAGAUUCUAAUUAUUUGGAUAGAUGGAUUACUUCACUGACAAUGUCGGAGGACACCAAUGAUAAUGCUCUUACUUCUGAUUAAUAAUACUUUUUAUAUUAAUAAAUUUAUUGAAACUAUACUAUACAUCGCUUUCCGUUUCUUGUCAAUUUUGAUCAGUUUAGAUCUUAAUUCACGCGAAGUAGGUUCAUACGAUUCGUAAUGUGAGUUUACUGAAUUUACAUCAAUGAAAGAUCUUUUCAUGAUAGCAAUAACAUGUUAUACUGCAUUACUUAGUCAACAACAAAGACAAUAAUCGUGUUGGGGGAGAUUACUAUGAGUUUGAAAUGUUGCGAGCUCUUGGAAUGAGAUUUUUCCUACAUUGAAGAUCGAUUAUGUCUAAAAACGAAUACCCCACAGACGCUUAAAAUGUUAAAAAUAGGGCCACCAAUUCUUGAGAUACGGAGGGUUAUUUUUUCAACAUUUUUGAAAAAAUGUGUGCACUUUACGAAUUAGUUUUUAGAAAUGCAAC